UGAACAGUUUGCCAACAUGGCGACUUCAAGUUGCGGCGUCGAUGUGAGCAGCGUUAGCAUUUUUGAUGUAUCGUCAAUUGAAGAGGCUGAACGUUUAUAUAAACACCUCUGCGAAGAAGAGGAUCAAGCAAACAAGACACUGGACGGUCUGGUUUCGCAGCGAGUGGACCUGGAAGUGAAGAUUGCCGACCUUCACAAGAUUUUGCCAACAUUCCAACUGGUGCACAGUGAUGCAGAGCAACUUGCGAACAUGAUCUCGUUCACCUCAACACUUGCUGAAAACAUCAGCAGCAAGGUUCGGCAGCUUGAUCUUGCCAAGAGUCGAGUGACUGAGUGUGUGCAGCGAGUCGAAGACAUUCUGGAUCUGAAGUUCUGUACUGAUGGCGUGCAAACUGCCUUGCAAAAUGAAGAUUAUGAACAGGCUGCAGCACACAUCCACAGGUUCCUAAGCCUUGAUGAGUCUGUGCUGAAGAGAUCCACUGCAGACAUCCAAGAAGGAAGCAGCUUGGAAGAGGCUUUUUCUUCGUUACGAGAAGCUGAGAAUAAGCUUCGACGCAUUGUGAUGAAGAAGUUCAGUGAAGCGGUCAAUGAAGGGGACAUUGCAUCUGUGGAGCGGUUCUUCAAGAUCUUCCCACUUUUGAACCAGCACGAUGAAGGACUACACAAGUUUUCCCUCUAUCUCAGUGCACAGAUCUCCGAAACAGCUCACAAAAACUUGAAGCAAGCUCAAGCGACAAGUACCUCAGACAAGAGAGCCAACAUCAUUUAUGCUGACACAGUUACACUUCUUUUUGAGGGCAUUGCAAGAACUGUCGAGAUACAUCAACCCUUAGUGGAGACGUAUUAUGGCCAUGGCAGGCUUCACACCAUGGUGGAAAUGUUGCAGAAGGAGUGUGACUGUCAAGUGAAGAAGAUUUUAGAAGACUUCAAAAAGAACAAACAGUUUAAAAAGAAGGCACAGCAAAUUCGUGCACUUCUGUGCAGUUCCAAGCAGGCCGACAAGCUCGAUCCACGGGAUCUUGAUGUGCUCCUUGCAGAAGUGGCAUUGCUAAACAGCCGUGCAGAACUCUACAUUCGAUUUAUUGGGAGGAGGGUGGCGAGUGACUUUGAGGUGGCCUACCAGGAACCCGCUGUUCGGGCUGAUAAAAUACAGCAGUUUAACAGGAAAAUCAAGGACAGUGAGCUCUGCAAGUGUAUGCAAGAAAUUGUCAGCUCCUACAUCAUGAUGGAAGAAUACUUUCUUCUGGAGUCUGUUAGAAAAGCUAUUGAAGUGGAUACCAUUGAGGAGAACUCACCCUGCUCAAGCAUGUUAGAUGAUGUAUUUUUCAUUCUCAAGAAAUGUCUCAAACGGGCUUUUUCGAGCGCCAGUGUGGACGGGGCAUGUGCAAUGCUAAACCACAGCUGUUCACUCCUCGAGACAGACUUUGCUGGGGAGUUGUCGGAGCGACUCAAGCUUGGCUUUCCACCUUCAGGCAUCCUUGACCUUAGUCAGGCUUACUCCAUGAUCCAAAGCAGCUUUCAACAGGGCAGGAUUCAACCGGCAGAGACAGUGGAAAAAGCCAGAGCUGUGUUUUUGACGACAUUGAACAAUGUGGAGAUGGCACAUGAAUAUAUAAAGACGCUUGCUAGUUCUCUUCAGGAGGACUUGCAGAAGAGCUUUUCCUCAGCUACUGAGCAAGAGACUGCAAAAUUAGAGAGCUGUCUCGCCGACCUCAGCAACUCUGCCCUAAAGUUUCAGUCAUUGCUAAGUUCUGGAGUGUCCGAACUCUGCAACACUGCUGUAAAACCACACAUAAAGUCAUGGGCUGAUACAUUUCAAGCUACUGAUCAUUCUUUGACGGAGGAUGAUUUCACAUCUUAUGAGGCCAACGACGGGAUUCGGCCAUUUUUGCAAACAUUCAUUGUCACUCUUGAUGGAGUUCUGAAGUCUUUCAAGGAUGAUUUGAUUCCUGCAAACUAUGACAGCCUAGUCAACCUCACAGCUGCUGAAACAACAUUUCAGCUUGAAAAAACCAUCUUCAAGUCUUCCUUCAACAGACUUGGUGGACUGCAGUUUGACAAGGAAUUGCGCUACCUCAUCAGUUACAUGACUUCAGUGACAACCUGGUCAAUCAGGGACAAGUUUUCUCGUGUUUCCCAGAUUUCAACGCUUCUCAAUAUGGAAAUGGUGUCCGAAAUCCUUGAUAUCUGGGGAACCAAUGCUGGACCAAUGACUUGGAGGCUCACUCCAGCUGAAGUGAGGCAGGUCUUGAGCUUGAGAAAUGACUUUCGUCAAGAAGACAUUCGGAGGCUUAAGCUUUAAUUGUUGGGUAACCUCUGCUGCUGGCUUGUAAAUAUAUUGUAUUCUUCAGCACCUGGCAUAUUGAGUUUUUUUUGUAAUAAAAUGAUAUUUUGGUGAUUA